AUGGCGGAAUCUUCGACUUCGAGUCUCCUCUCGAAAUCAAGUGAUCUUCUCGCGACUCCAAGCCACGAAAGACUCGAGCUUCUCCUCAAUCAACUCGCUACGCCUGAAGAAACCCUCGAAUUCCAAUCGGCUCUUGCUCUUUACGAUUUCUGCGUUUCAAAGUUCCCAAAUUGCUUAACCCUAAUGCUUCUCAAAAUCUACCAAUCUUCCUCCAACGAAAUCGUCAGAUUCCAAUCGAUCCAUCUCCUUUCUUCGACCCUCGACGUAUACCGAAACCGCGAAACCCAUCUCUCUCUCGACGGACUCAACGAAAUCAAACCCCUUUUGAUUCCAUGCUUGAAGAUGAAGAUGGAAGAAACCCACAUGAAGAUCCUUCGAAAGAUCGUGUCUUUUAUAGCUUAUAACGUUGUUUCGUUGGAUAAUGAUGGUUGGGACGAGCUUGGUGAUUGUAUCCUCUCUUUAGCAGAAACUGAACCUUUAAAGGCCUUUCAUGUGUUCGUCGAAUUGCCUCGAGUUUAUUUGAGAUUCAUUGAUAGGUUUAUGCAGAGAAUUGUUGAGGAAGCAGAGAAAGUUUUGCUUAAUCCUAAGAAUGAAGAUGAUGUUGAGAAUUGGAGUUUGGGCUUAGAGACUCUUGUGAAAAUGAGUGUACAGAUUUUGGAUCAUUCAGAUAAUGAUGUUGAAGAUUGGAGAUUGGGUUUAGUGAAGAUUUUUUUGUCGAUUCUUGUCAAGUCAGUGAAAGAGUUAGUGAAGAAGAAAGGAAUGGAAGAGUUUGUGGUACAAGGGCUUGAGAAUCUUGAGAGGUUCUUGUUCAGAGACAGGGAUUGCUAUGGUUAUAAUAAGGAUCAGUGUGUUUUCGUGUCGACUUUCGUGUAUAAGAUCAAAGAACUCGGUACAAAGAUCAUGGAGGUCGCGAAGAAGAUUCAUCGGUUGGUUACUAGUAGCAACAAUCCACCGGAGAAUCAAGACUUUUUCGAUCGGUUCUGUUUCGAACAGUUGAACACAUUGUCGUUGCUUGAAAUCGGAAGAAUCUUUGCGUAUGCUGAAGAGAGGUCUAAGGAUAUGGCAAUCAGAAGGCUAAACCUCUUACUGUCUGAUGACAAUCCGAACAAAGCGGAUAUCGAUGUUACUGUGAUGAGAACACUACAGAAAUUGAUCGUCUCUUGCCUUACGAAAAGAGGAAUCUCCGAGAGCAAUUUCAAAGUCCUUGGUGAGGUUGUGUUCCAUGUUGCCUAUGAGAUGGAUGAGAUACGGGAUUACAUUGUAUCGAAUAGCAGAACAAAGUUUCAGAGAGCGGUUUAUAUCUACCAAUGCUUAACAAUGCCGCUUGACGAGGAAGACUUUGUGAUUCCUGUGAUGGAGAAACUUCUCCCUGAGAUAAGCUCAAGGCUAAACCCACCAAGUGAGGUAUUGGUAGAUAACAGUGAAUGGGUUUUGGCGUUUACGGGUGCGUUCUGCGGGGUAAUUCACUUGCUAGAUACCGAUAAUCAGGCUGAAUCGGUUAAGGAGAUUGCGUAUAAGAUGAUAGAUUCAGUGAGAGAGCUAGUCGAAAGAGGAAUGGAAGUUGGACUUGUGAGGAGAGCUUUCAGAGAUGUGGAAAGCAUUGUGAUGAAAGAUGUGGAAUGGUUUGGUUCAAGCGAAUACAAAUUUGUUAAGGGUAUGCUUUGGAGACUGUAUGCAAUCAAAGGCAUGAAAAUGGAGAGUAAGCUUGUGUUGUGGAGGAUUAAUAUUCGUCUCGAGGGAGGACUGACUGAGCUGUUUAAACAACUCCUAGAGAGUGAGCUUAAUUGGCUAGACCAAUGGAGAAUGGUCUAA